ACCAACUUGUUGUCCGUUAUUAGUUUUCGCGAGAGUCAGUGAAAUAUUUUUCCUUGAUAUUUUUUAAAAUGCCAAUAAAAUACAUUGGAAGGGAAAGUCAUUUUCAUGGCAAAUCAAUUUUCGAAAUAGCAAGGAAUCUAAAAAACUUUGGAGAAGGUCGUUAUGUGUACCGUGUGGCUUUCAGCAGUCGAUAUGAAGAGCCGUCUUUCUACAGACUUACGUCAGUUGUUCCGGACAUGAAUGCAAAGGGAUAUUGCAAAGGAACAGCUGUUGGUGAAAAGAUUUUCCGUGGUAGAAACAUGGGCAUAUGCAAGAUAGAAUCUGGAAUGAAACAUGAUUGGCGUCUCAUUCCCAAGGACCAAGAACAAAACUGGCUUGAUGCUGUGAAAAAUUGUAAAGUUAAACCUGCAACAGUUGUUAAAAGCACCAGUAGACUUCCCCCUCUCAUGGAGAAGAUAUUUCAUGAUGAAAGACUAGCGUACAGUUUACCAGUAGAUGACAAAACAUUUAUUUGUGACGUAAAGAUUAACUAUCUCAAUUUUAAUAAUGUUGUUCUGGACAAGGAUUUAGAAAAUACGAAUAAAGGUGUUGAGAAUGAUACUAAAUAGGUCAUACAGUAAUAAGAAUAUUGUAAAUUUUUGAGCAGAUUUUAACAUCUUUAUAAUUUAUGUAAUUGUACAUGUAGUACAAUUUGAUAUUUAUCAUAUUAAAAUUAUCAGAUUUA